UUUUAGACGGGAUGGGAAAUUUUUUUUUUUUUUUGGAGUUAGGGCAAGUUUUUUAGACGAUACAAUCUGCGUCGACACUCCGCAGGACUUGCCCCAAGUGACACUCUGCAGCCUCCGCUAUCGCCUCAGGCUCAGGUGACACCGUGACAAGGACACUCUUCUUAGGAUCUCGUAAGGUUAUUUGCCUUGAACUUGAAUCAAAUCAUUGCAUGUUGAGGACACUCUUCUUAGGAUCUCGUGAGUGUCUCUCUAUCUCCAAAAAUCCUUGGCUUUCGUCUUCCUAUCUUCUUCCAUCUCGUUCUCUCUCUUCCUCGACACAAACUGAUUUUCAGGCUGAAGCCCAGCUCCUGAAGUCAGGCUAUGAGUGUUUACUGGUGACCCUUACGAGGGCACUGCUUUCGUGGCUUCUUUUGAUGCAAAUCGCUGCUUUGGUAUGUGGUUUCUCAUUCAAUUUUGGUGCAGGGGAUUUCUUUGCUAUGGAGAGCUCUGAUGAUGAAAAGGAUGGUGUUUUUGAAAGUUAUAUACCUAAAGAAAUGAAUCAUACUUUAGCAUCUAAUGGUACAAAAUUUGUGGAUGAGGUUCUCAAUGGCCAGAAUGAACGUUGUUUGGACAACUUUCGCAUGGAUAAGCAUGUGUUUUAUAAGUUGUGUGACAUUUUACAAGCCAGGGGCUUGCUACGUCACACAAAUCGAAUCAAGAUUGAGGAGCAAUUAGCAAUAUUCAUGUUCAUUGUAGGCCAUAAUCUACGAACUCGAGCAGUCCAAGAGCUAUUCAGAUACUCAGGCGAAACUAUUAGUCGUCAUUUCAACAAUGUUCUGAAUGCAAUUAUGGCUAUUUCAUUAGAUUUCUUUCAGCCUCCAGGGUCUGAAAUUCCUGCAGAAAUCCGAGAUGAUCCAAGAUUUUAUCCUUAUUUUAAAGAUUGCGUGGGAGCAGUUGAUGGCAUACAUUUCCCAGUGAUGGUGGGCGUAGAUGAGCAAGGACCUUUCCGUAAUAAAAAUGGUUUUCUUUCGCAAAAUGUUCUGGCAGCCUGCUCAUUUGAUUUGAAAUUCCAUUAUGUUUUAGCUGGUUGGGAAGGCUCAGCAGCAGAUAUGCGAGUUCUAAAUUCAGCUCUCACAAGGCGCAACAAACUGCAGGUCCCUGAAGGUAAAUAUUACCUUGUGGAUGGCAAGUAUGCAAAUAUCCCUGGCUUCAUUGCUCCAUAUCAUGGUGUUUCCUAUGGCUUAAUCGAUGGUUUCCAUCCACAAGAUGCUAAAGAGCUAUUUAAUCAUCGUCACUCAUUAUUGUGCAGUGCUACCAAUCGUAUUUUUGGCGCUUUGAGGGCACGCUUCCCAAUCUUGAUGUCUGCUCCUCCCUACCCGUUACCCACACAGGUGAAGUUGGUUGUAGCAGCAUGUGCCUUACACAAUUACAUUCGUGGGGAGAAAUCAGAUGAUUGGAUUUUUAAAAUGCACGAGCAGGAAGCUGACCUACAAUUAGAAGAUCCCAUGCCGCCUCUAGAAAUCGAGCAGCCAUUGAUGCAUCCUGAAACCCAAGUUUCGGACAUUUCUUUUGACACCGAACAACUGGAAAAUGCUUCACAUGUGCGGGACACUAUUGCAGCUGAGAUAUGGAAUGACUAUAUCCGUGAUUUUUCUGCUAUUCAGAAUUGUUGACUGUGGUUUCCGUCAGGUAGGUUUAGAGUCCUUUUAGAAUUUACAGCCAUGUAGCAUUUUCCCUUUUGAACUACACUUGCUUAUCAAAGUUGAAAUAUAUGAAAAUUGUCACAUUUUCUUUUAUCAAAUACCUGCAUCAGCCUGGCUGUUAACUA